AUGGUGCAUCCCCCGGGCGCCCAGCCGAGGAAGCGGCGCGCCGCCCCGCACGCGCCGCCGCCGGGCGUCAUGAAGGCGGCGGCCGGCUCCAGCGACAGGAACGCUCGUGUUGGCAAGCGCGCCAGGGCGGCGCAGCCGUCGCCGACUCUGCGUCAGAACAUCCGUGCCGAGUACCACAAUAUAAUUAAUGGACCGCCCCCAUUGGGUCUACGAUUAAGAAAGAGUGAAUCUUUUCUGGACCUUCUUCAGAAAAUUCUUUCAAAGGCAAACUCUACCACAGGGCAGCCUGUUAUGGACAAUAUCCAUUCCGCGCCUCCCAUGAUGGAAGACGUCAAAUCUGAGGCUCCUACAGCUAGUGAUCGGCUCAAGGCUUCAAAUUUUCCAGCAAAAUUUCUGAAAAUUGGUGAUUGGGAGUACACGUCACAGUAUGAAGGUGAUUUGGUGGCAAAAUGCUAUUAUGCAAAGCAGAAGCUUGUUUGGGAAGUUCUGCAUUGUGGUCUUAAGAGUAAGAUAGAACUGCAAUGGUCAGAUAUUACUGCCUUGAAGGCAACUUGCCCAGAGGCCGGAGAUUAUGGAACCUUGGAUAUAGUGUUGUCUCGGCCACCCAUUUUCUUCCAAGAGACUAAUCCUCAGCCAAGAAAACAUACAUUAUGGCAGCCCGCAGCAGAUUUCACCGGUGGACAAGCAAGCAUGCACAGGAGGCAUAUAUUACGGUGCACCUCAAGUUUAUUGAGCAAGAACUUUGAUAAGAUUGUUCAGAGUGAUCAGCGACUAUAUCAACUGAGCCAACAGCCAGUUAUCAUAUUGGACUCUCCAGUUUAUGAAUCUAGAAGCUCUAUAUUUGAAAAUCCAACUGAAAGUGACGGCCCUUCAACCAAGUUCCCACAUUUUGCGCCACCACAUGUUGUUUCUCCAGUGCUUGAAAAUGAUGGAGUAAAGCAUCUUACGUUGAAGCAACCAGACCCUUUUUUUCAGCCAAUGAACUUAGGUAUUGUUGUUCCAGAUGUCCAAGAUAAGAACCCCAGUUUGUGUAAUCUAUCCGUUCCAGAGCUGAGAUCAUCCAUCUCCAUGGACGAUUUGAUAAACCAUAUAGAUAGUUACAUAACAGAGCAUCAAGCUGCUGGAGACCCUCCAUUGCCAAAUACUGAGGUGCCAGCCAAAGAAUUAUUGCAGAUUGCUGAGAGCCUUUUGAGCGACACACAUGGUCCUCCAUCCGCAGAUGAGAAUUAUUUGAUGGCACGGGUGAACUCCCUUUGUUGUUUGCUUGAGAAAGACACUCCGCCAGCCACCGUAUCCAUUUCGGAGCAGAAGGGCACCACUGAUGUAGCGGAAGCAGUUUCAGAUGACUUUGAUGGGAGAACUGCAGAUGGCGUUCUACCGCCUGUCAUCCCGAGAAAUGAUUCCUUUGCGGAUUUGCUGGAGAACCUCCCCCGUGUAGCAUCUGUUUCACAAUUCUUAUUCAAUAUAGCAGAGGACUCUAGUUUGCAAUUCUAG